AAAGAAAUUUUAAAAAAUAAAUAAUAAUAAGGCAUCCUUACCCAUUCAUUCUCCCAUCAAACUUCAUCACCACAACCAAAGUACAAUCACAAACCAAAUCACAACCACACAAAAAUGGCACAUCAACAACAACAAGAACAAGAAGAACCCUUAAUCUACAACCUUCCACAAGACACACUUCACCAAAUCUUCUCUUCCUUACCUCUCCAACAAAUCAUCAUCUGCCGUUCCCUUUCCAAAUUCUUCAACAAUCUCCUCACCACACCUUCCUUCCUCCACCUCAUCUCCACCACUCUUCCACCUCUCAACCUCCUUGCCCUCCGCCACCACAACCACUACCCUCCCUCCUCCACCAUCCACCUCUUUGAUCCAAAUCUAAAUCAUUGGCUUCAUUUUCCUCUCAACUUCCUCCCUUUCUCUUCUCCUCUUCCAGUUGCUUCAUCUCAUGGACUCAUCUACCUUUGGGCCCAGCCCAUUAACAACAGCCCAGUUUCUUCUCAAGCCCAAGCCCAUACUCAAACACAAGCAACUAAAUCACUUAUUGCUUGUAACCCUUUAACCCGGAAAUUCCGGAUCCUUCCUCAUUUAGGAUCUGCUUGGUGUAGACAUGGUUCUGUUAUAGUUGAUUCAGUUAACCGAGUAAUGGUUUUAACUGAAUUAGCUGCGUUUUAUUUUGCUGGCCAUGGCAGUUCCGAUGACAAUGAUAAAAUUUCUAGCUGGCAGAAAUUUUCGUCGAAUUUACCGUCAAAGCCACGGAGCCCAGUUCUUAUUGAGGACUGGGCUUACGCGCUUUGUGAAGUUGGCUCCCCGUGGAGGAGCCAAUGGAAAUUGUUUUCGUGCUGCUUUUCUGCGACCACGAGUGGUAAGUGGUCGCGGAUAGAGCGGCAGGAAUGGGGUGAUGUUUUUGAUAUUUUAAAGAGGCCGCGGUUAGUUCGCGGGGUUGGGAAUAGGAUUUUGAUGAUUGGUGGUUUGAAGUCGUCAUUUUCGUUGAAUUCACCAUGUUCGACGAUUUUGAUUUUGAGGCUUGAUCUUGGGAUGAUGGAGUGGGAUGAGGCGGGGAGGAUGCCGGUGGAGAUGUUUAAGUGUUUUCAGGAGGCGGGGAAGUUUAAGGUGUUUGGAGCUGGUGAUAGGGUUUGCUUCUCGGCAAAGAGGGUUGGGAAGUUGGCGUUGUGGGAUCGUGGUCGAGAGAAGGGAGAUGAGUGGAGUUGGAUUGAUAAUGUGCCUGGAAAUGGUGAUGGACUCUAUAGGGGAUUUGUGUUUGAAGGGAGACUUGAUGCAUUGCCUUGAGGGUUCCAAUUAUGGAUUCAUAGUUGGACAUUGGUUAUGGUAUUUUAAAUUUUAAUCAUUUAUGCUAUGUUUACUUUGGAUAUAAUUUAUAUGGAAGUGAAAUUUGUUUUAUACAUGUAUCAAAUCGCAUACAAGAUAUAUAGAUAUUUGUGGAGAUACAUAGGAACAAAGAGUACAAUGUUACAUCAUAGUGUAAUUUGAUUGGUUGAGCAUGUAAAAACAAUCCACGUUGUAAGUGUAUAACAGUCAUUCUCUUUUAUAUGUGAACUAUCUUGUAAUGUAUAAUAUCAUUGGUUUUUCAAUGCAAUAUUGAAGGAGUGUGCAAAUCAA